UAUGAUUUAAACAAAAUUUUAAACAACAUUUUUAAAUUUUUGAAUUUAAACAAUUAGGUCACCCAGAAUCCUACAGGCCUAAUGUAUAAUGUUAGAUCCAGUGCAAAAUCCCCAUUCGCUUUCCAUUCUGAUUUCAUUAUGUUAUCUUAUUAGUUAACCUUUGCCAAUAUUAGGCUUUUGUCAGCGUAUAGUUUGGCAUAGUCAGCAUCAGUGGCUCUCAACUUUGAGCUUCAAAUAUACAAGCUGUCAAUUAACUAGACAUGUGCCUGUAUGUGCAUAAUUUUCAUACUGUCAUGUGAAGAUGUUCCCAGCCUGUGCUCUUGAGCAUAGCUCUUUUGAGACCACUGAACCUUAAGGAGCAUGUGAUAUAUCAGCUCAGCAUCCUGAUGCACCAUGUUAAAAGCCUGAGAGAGUGAGAGAUAAAAUGAGAGAGCUGAAUUGGACUUGACUUAUUAAAAAUCCCUAUAUUUUGUCUUGGUUGACUAGAGAUCAGGUUGAUUAAUGUCCACGUCAGGGAUGGCCAUUAGCCAUUGGCUAAGACACACCAAUCCUGUUCUCACGCAGUAUGGAAUAUGACAAGCUGAGCAAGUCUUACAUGUAGACCUUUUUCUCUGUGCAGCUCUGUUUACACACUUUUGAAAAGCCAUUUGCCAUGGUGUCUAAUGGAUCCGUAAUAGCUAUAUGUCUCCUGAAGAUCUCAAGAAUUAGCGGGGAACUUUUCAGACCUUCUUUAAACUCUUGUACCUGAAUGUAGAACUGGUUUAGACAGUCUUUUUUUGUUUCAUCCAACCUAUCGGCCCUUAAAAACAAUGGCGUCUUACAGCCCUGCACCCACAGAGGAGCAGUCCUCAGAGGUGUCCAACAUAAACCUGAAGGCAAAUGGCUCACAGGAGUCCAUGAAACUGAAAAAAGAAAUAUCUUUGCUCAAUGGUGUGUGUCUCAUCGUGGGAAACAUGAUUGGCUCUGGGAUCUUCGUCUCGCCCAAAGGCGUACUGAUGUAUAGCGGCUCCUAUGGGUUGUCUUUGGUAGUGUGGACAGUUGGCGGGAUCUUCUCUGUGUUCGGGGCGCUCUGUUAUGCCGAGCUUGGGACCACCAUCACCAAGUCCGGUGCCAGCUAUGCCUACAUCCUGGAGGCUUUUGGAGGCUUUUUGGCUUUCAUUCGUCUAUGGACUUCUCUUCUGAUAAUCGAGCCCACCAGUCAGGCUGUGAUAGCCAUCACCUUCUCCAACUACAUGGUGCAGCCCAUCUUCUCCACAUGUAUACCACCCUACGUGGCCAAUCGCCUGCUGGCUGCAGCAUGCAUAUGCUUGCUGACCUUUGUGAACUGUGCCUAUGUGAAGUAUGGAACACGUGUUCAGGACUUCUUCACCUACGCAAAGGUCAUUGCCCUCAUCGCUGUCAUCAUCACUGGCCUGGUCAAGAUAUUCCAGGGUUACACACAGAAUUUUGAAGGGCUGUUCUUAGGUUCAUCUCGGGAUUCAGGUGAUGUGGCUCUGGCAUUAUAUUCGGCUCUCUUCUCCUACUCUGGAUGGGACACGCUCAACUUUGUCACAGAGGAGAUCAAAAAUCCUGAGAGAAAUCUCCCGCUGGCCAUUGCCAUCUCCAUGCCCAUUGUCACAGUGAUCUACAUUCUUACCAAUUUGGCUUACUAUACAAUCCUGCCCAUUCCUGCCAUCCUGGACAGUGACGCCGUGGCUGUGACAUUUGCAGACCAGGUAUUUGGGUAUUUUAAUUGGACAAUACCAGUCGCUGUAGCCUUCUCCUGCUUUGGGGGAUUAAACGCUUCAAUAGUGGCUGCUUCAAGGCUGUUCUUCGUGGGCUCUAGAGAGGGCCACCUGCCAGACUACCUGUGCAUGAUUCACGUCACCCGCUUCACCCCCAUCCCUGCCCUACUCUUCAAUGGUGCCAUGGCUCUUGUGUACCUGUGUGUGGAAGAUGUCUUUAAACUGAUUAAUUACUACAGCUUCAGCUACUGGUUCUUUGUGGGUCUGUCGAUCCUUGGACAGCUGUACCUGCGACGGAAACAACCAGACAGACCAAGACCACUAAAGCUCAGCCUGUUCUUCCCGAUUAUAUUCUGCCUCUGCACAGUAUUUCUUGUGGUGGUGCCUUUAUAUAGCGACACUAUCAACUCAUUAAUCGGCAUUGCCAUUGCCUUAUCGGGGGUCCCUGUCUACUUCCUGUGCUGCUAUCUACCUGCCACACGUAGGCCUAUGUGGCUCAGGAAAAUUAUUGCAUCUUCAGGUAUUCUUAUUCAGAAGGUGUGCUACUGUGUUCUUACGGAGAUGGACACGGAGGGGGAAAAGGCAGAAUAGAAGAAGAAGAGGAUGACGCCAUGACAAGAAACUGUAAUAAAUCUCUGGACCCACAACUUGACAUGCAAUACACAAAACUGCUGAUGUGAUUAAACUUGUUUAAAACUGGUUUACACGAAUAUCAUUUUAGAGUGGGUGUGAAAACUCCCCCUAUGUCAAAGCAAGUCCUUUAUAUUUAUUAGAGAUAUUUAUUCUGCGUUUUGAUCCAUUGAAUGCUGGAUUGAUGGGGAACAGUAAACCAAGUCCUUGCAUGUUCCGGUGAUAAAAUUAUAGCACUGAUCACAGAGAAAUAAUUUAGAGACAUUUGUCCAAUUGAUUUGAAAGUGUUAUGGACCUAAUUCUUGCACAUUAAUUAAUACACACUUAUAAAAGACCUUUUUGUUUGUUGAAGAAAGGAAAUGCCAGUACAACAUCUUUAUCUUUACAGGUGUGUAUAUGAAUAUUGAAAGCAGUAUUUUCCAUGUUUUCUUUUCUAAAGACUGAAAUAACCAAGGCAGUGUUAUUUUGGAUUUGUAAUAAAUAACUGGUUGAAUAAAACAAAAACAAAAAAAAUUAAAUAAAGGACAAAUAAUGCAAAA